AUGCAUCUAAGACAUAUUAUUUUUACCAACGCCCAGAAGAAAAAAUUUGAAAUCGAAGAACGAGUUCAGAUCUUGCUUCCCGCUGAACUUGCUAGUUCUUUUGCUGCUUCCCAUACUGUGCCUUCACUUCCUGAAGACCAGCGUCUCCAUUCCUCUCCUUCCCGUGUAUCUUUUUGGGACACUCAAGCCCAAAACAUAGUUGCCAAACUAUCUGGUGUACCUGUUUCUACACCUCUUGUUCCCAACUCUCCGGUCCACAUACCUGUUCCCAGCUCUUUGCCCAUGAGUACUCCUCCUGCUCCAGUCGACCCUGCUGCUCUUGCUGCCCCAGCUGCCAUGACCAUGCCCGAGUUGAUUGCGGCUUUUACCACUGCUCUCCAUAGCUCUCAACCACCUGCUGCUUAUACUGGCCCGAACUCUGUUCCUGCUCCAGUAUCUUUGCCUCCCUUGGUCCAGAUAGAACGGCCAGAUUUUUAUCAUGGGGCCCGCUCUGCCAAUGCAAUCGAUGGUUGGACUGGUUCUGUUGAAUCAUAUAUCAACACUUUUCAAGAUCUAUGUAUGGAUAUUCCAUCCAUGACUGAGGACGAGGCUCUAGACAGAUUUGUUAGUGGUUUGCGUCCUGAAACUCGCAGCCAAGUCCGCUUCCAGGAACCCUUGGACCUUGCCGAAGCUGCCCGCACUGCCCUAGCUUUUGAGAAUGGCCACCGCCCUGUCCCCACUUCCCGCCCAGAGGUUGUUCCGCAGUAUGUUCGCGAUGAUGGUCCCACCCCUAUGGACCUUGAUGCUAUGGAGGGGAGGGGGUCAAUGCGGACCAACUACCAGGGACGCUCAGGCCAGCACAGUAACUGA